GGAGCAGUCAUAAGGGGCUGUUGCUGAGCAACCAGUGGCUCUGUGGUGGUGCAUCCUCCCCUAGGAGUUUUACAGUAGUGAUGGAUCCACCCCCAUGGGAGAAGCAGUACAGUUUGGCAGGGGGGCCAAGCCUCCCUCAGAGGCACCAGGUUGUUAGCAGGGUCAUGGUAUGCUGAACAGGCAUUCAAUCAACAGAAAUCUGGGGGAAGCGGGAAACUGAACGGUUUUGAGGUCACGCAGUGGGAGAAAAAGAUAGAGGAAAGAGAGCUUAUCAGAGUUUCUUCAUAAACUUGUGUUAGAAAUAACAUCGUACUUUAAUCAGAGAUUUGUGCUUCUACGUAUUUCAGAAUAUUUGUACCAUCAAUGGGAAGGAAGAAACAAAGGCACCUGGGCCACGGGCCACGAUGGAUGUGCAUCCUGAUACCCUUGGGGGUAAGGAGAGCGCAAGCAGCAACUGCAAGGCAAGCAACAACACAGGAAACCAGCAAGGUCACUACCCUUGCAUGAACAAAAAUGACAACCAGGAUGCCAUGCUUAAUUCUCCGCAGGAUGUUGCUAUGAAGACAGAUUCAUCAAGCAUGACUGAUGUGGAGUCUAUGGUCACUAAUUUUGCAACUUCAGCGAGAGCAGGCCGCCGGAAUGCCUUACCGGACAUCCAGAGUUCAGCUGCUACGGCGGGAAGCUCAGAAUUACCCCUCAAACUGGCGGACCUCUCUGUGAAGGAAGAUGUAAAAAAGAAAGAUGAAGAAGCAACACAAGACCAACUGAAAAACCCCCAAAAUGAAGAAAAAUGAAGAUUCAUAAUUUAUCUAGAGUACUGAAUGUAUGCACAGCAAAUGACCUAAUGGUUCUGCUUUCCUGAGAUGUUUGAUUUGGUGGUAACUAUGGUAACAUUGAAGCCU